GACCGUAAACAAUGUUUUGCAAAUCUGUAGAUAUGAGGCAACAUAAGGGAAAUUCCGUGGAACGUCAUGUUUACGCUUGAGGGUCAAUCCAAUGUCCAUAAAAACAAGUACAAUCUGAGGCUGGCUAUUUCACUGAAAAGCGGCAUGAUGACGGGGUUGUUGGCCUUUCCUGUGCUCUUCGUCUUCAUUUUACAACAGGCUCCAGGCUGCCACUGUUCCUGCUUCAUAGCAGGUCCUGUAGCCAACUGUGCCCUCAAGAACCUGUAUUGGGUUCCCGUUCUGCCUCCCAACAUCACCCACCUCUACCUGGAGAUGAACCACAUCGCAGAGCUCAACGCUACCUCUUUGUCUGGCCUUGAGUUGCUACAAGAACUGGACCUGGGUCGUCAGUAUUCCCCGCUUGUGAUUCGAGACCAUACAUUCACCGGACAAAGACACCUCAAGAAGUUGGUUCUUGGUUUCAAUAUCGGUCUUCGGCUGGAGCCUCAGGCCUUUUUGGGCUUGUCCAGUUUGCAGAGCCUGCACCUGGAUUACUGUUCUCUUCCAGAUUCCAUCCUGCAGGGCGACUAUCUGAAGCCACUGACGUCAUUGGAGACUCUGGAUCUCUGCGCCAACCAAAUAAAGAGACUCCAGCCUUCUCUGUUUUUUACCAACAUGACCAAUCUGAAACAUCUGAACCUGAAGCUAAAUCAAAUCAACAAAAUAUGUGAACCUGACUUGGCUGCUUUUCAAGGGAAACACUUUGAAUCCUUGAAUUUGGACUCAAACAACGUCAACGCCCGUGAUAGCAUUGACUGGCACGAUUGUGGGAAUCCUUUCAGAGGACUAUCCUUCACAACCCUUGACUUGUCCUAUAACGGCUUAAGUAUAGCCAAUUUAAAGCAGUUUUUUAAAGCCAUUCAAGGUACGAAGAUCUCCCAUCUUAAGCUAUCAGGACACAUUGGUAGAGGAUUCUCAUUCAGCAACCUCCAGGAUGUAGACAGGAGCACAUUUGAAGGCCUCAUGAGCAGUUCUGUCAGCUUUUUGGAUCUGUCUAAAAACAGAAUAUUUGCACUUCAUACGGGAGUAUUCAGUCUACUACCAGACGUAAACAUCAUUGACCUCCAUGGAAACAAAGUCAAUCAGAUACACCAAAAUACUUUUGAGGGCCUAGAAGGUUUGAAACUGCUUAAUUUGUCUUAUAAUUUGCUCGGGGAAAUCUAUUCUCAUAGUUUUGCUCAUCUAAUAAACCUACGAGUGUUGGACUUAUCUAAUAAUCACAUCGGCGCGUUGGGCUAUCAAGCAUUUCAAGGACUUUUGAGUUUAAAAAUAUUACAAUUGACAGGAAACUCACUUCGGCAGCUUGGUUUCCCAAGCUCUCUGCCGAGUUUAAACCUUCUCGAUUUGAAGGAUAAUAGAUUAAAAGCAACGUACGAUAUUUCCGCAUUUGCCCCGAAUGUGGAAUACUUAAACAUUGAAGGCAACAGGUUGGAGGACCUGCAGAUGUUUAACCUGAAACAACUCCAGCAGCUUUUCUACGGAGACAACCCAAUCAAAUGCUGCACCACGCCACAAGUGGUGAGCAACGUUGCGGUUUUAGAUCUCCACAGCAUCAACCUGCAGUCCGCUUGGUCUCAAGGCAGAUGCCUCGACAUCUUCAACCAUCUCACUCAGUUGUUGUCACUGAACUUGAGCUCCAACGCCUUACGCGUUCUUCCUGAAGGCAUCUUCAAGUCUCUCACCUCACUGGUGGAGCUGGAUCUCUCGUCUAACGCUUUAACGCAUCUCCAACCACGUGUAUUUCCCAACGGCCUGAAAUCACUUCAUCUGGCAGAUAACUUCAUAGCAUCUCCUGACCCGGCCGCCUUCCGUUCUCUCGGCUUCCUGGAUUUAAAGAUGAACCGAUUCCACUGUGACUCAAACCUGAGGGGCUUCUUGACGUGGAUGAAGGAAACAAAUGUAACCUUCUUGAAUUCUGUUGAGGAUUUCAGGUGUGAACAUCCUGUUGGUUUCCGUGAAGUUCGUCUUUUGGAUUACUACACAUCUUCUGGCCACUGAAAGCACUUUAAUAGUAGGGGUGAGAAUGAUUUAGAGAGAUUUAGCGGUCAGAGAAAACUAGGGAAUGAUGCCUGGAACAAUAAUAACGCAAUAAAUUAAUCACAAUCUGCCUAAUCUGCCGCGGCCUCCUGGUGGGUGAUUCAUUUUUGCAAAUAUUAUUUUUUUUAUUAUUUUCAUUGUAAAAUAUUUGUUGCAUGAUUAAAACAAUAUUUACAGGCCUAA